CCAACGCCGUGUCAUGUUGAUUGUUUGACGUCAUUGAUUAUUUGUAUUGAUUUUGGCAGUCGUCAUGUUGUCCCGCCCCCCAUCUGGACCGACUCCGACUCAUCCUCUCUCGUUGGCUGACAAAGAUGUCGACAGAGCCGCACAAACACUUCCCCCUCCUCAUCCUCAGUGCAACUGUUCUUGCGCCUCGUUGUUGCCCCGCCUCCUGGCCGCCCACAGAAUGGAGGUACGCCGUCUCCUGCGCGGGGCCCUCGUCUCGUUGGGCCGACGGGUGGAUGCCCUGGAGAGGGGCGGCGGCAGGAACAGGAGGAGGGUCGUAAAGAGUGCGAGGCGGAGCCGCAGAGGGAGAGAAGAAGAGGAGCGGCCGCAGGAGGAGGAGGCGGUCCAAACCUACGAGAGGUUCGUCGGGCGCAUGGUCGUCUGUCAGACGGGAGGCGGAGCUGCCGAGCGCGUGCCGCUCACGCUCUUCAACUUUGAACCCGGGACACGGCGGGAAGAAGGCGGCCGAUCGCCGAAAGCCGUCGUCGUCGGGCACAACGGUUACAGCGCCUGGUCGCAGAACACUUGGCUGGAUUUUCUGCGAGCCAUGGGCAACCAAUGGCGGGGCCGCCCCGCUCCCUACCGCAGCCAAUGGGGAUUCUCCGAUCGGGCUCAGUUACCGCCCCUCCGGCACUCCGCCGCCUUCGUUCUGCGCCUGUCGCCAGCGGCGCUCGCAGUCCUGGCCGGGGUGACGGACGGUGGUCCCCGCCGGCCCCUGGCGGACCGGACGGCCCCACCCAGCCUAGCGGCGGAUCACUGUUACUUCCAAGCUGCCGAGCUCAGACUGCGACGGUCCAAGAGAAGAGCUGAUCCCUCCGCUCGGAAGCGGCUACCGGCCCUGCCUCUCCCUCCCCGCGCUCCCUCCUCCGCUCUGCUCCCGGCCGGCCCAUCGGCCGCCGGCUCCAGGGAGAAAGCCAAGCGCGUAUCACAGAUCCGAAUCCGCCGAGCGUCCCCACGAGAAACGCCGCUGACGCCCAUGGGGCUUCCCAAGGUCAAAAGGUUGAAGAAGAAGGAGUUCAGCGUGGAAGAAAUUUACACUAAUAAAAACUACAAAAGUCCUAGCAACAACAGGAGUCUGGAGACCAUCUUCGAGGAGCCGCAGGAGAAAGACGGAACCUUGCUUCUGAUUGGCCAGCAGAGACGCCGCCGGCUCCUUCUCUUUCCUGACUUCACCCAGCCCAGGAAAAGGAAAAGGGCUUUAGGUGCGGGAGUGGCCGCCGUCGUGCCCAGAAAGCGAGCGGCCCGGCGCCAGUACCGCGCGGGGGCCGACGACGGGUCGGACCUGGACGUGAUGCUCGUGGAGAGGCUGAGCGCAUUGGAAAGCUUCCUGGCCGCUCAGGGCACCGACGUGUGACCACACUUCCACAUUUAGUUCUUAACAAAUUGAAGCCAUUUUGGCACAAAUAAAGUUGAAAUCGGUGCUCGCCGACAAACGUCUCAAGAAUUGGGCGUCUGUUGCCGUCAGUGGCGGAUGACGCACCGUCCAUCCAGCGAGGAUCUGGGUACAUUUAAUGGUCACUUCUUUUUGAUUUUGGGGCAUUUGUAGGUCAGUUCCUUUUGAUUCCGGGUCUCCUCCCUGUCCAAAUGGAUUGCACGCGCAAUCCCAAACGGACUGGACGUCUAUCAUCAUCAUUAUCAUCAUCAGAGGAGAGAGAAUGUUUAAUCAAAAAAAUAUGUAUAUGGCGGAAAACACAGACAAGAUUGAAAAAGCACUUUCUGCUCUUGCACUUCUCUUUAAAAGAAACGGCUGUAUUUUAAGCUAAAACAAGUGUUGUGUUUGAUAGAACAAUAUGUCUACAUGCUGCCAUAGCAGAUUCAUGGCGCAUUAAGCCCCCGAACAAUUUUUAAUUUGUCUGUUUUACCCUGAAAACCCCAGUUAAGACGUUGCGCAACCGCUUUUGUUUCAACCCAGCCAUAAAACAAAGGUAUUUAAUUAUAUUUAUUCAAAAUGUCUGUCGUUUUUAGCUUCGAAUCAUUAAAUGUCUCAUAUUUCAUUAAAAAAAAAAAAAAAAAAGAAAUUAUUCGGUCACAUAUUUUUAAACUUUUCAACAAAUUAUGUCACAAUGAAAAAAAAUGGCGUCUAAAAAAUUCACGGAUAUCUCCCUCAUAACUAUCGCUUAAUUUUUAAAUUUAUUUAUUUAUUUUUGUUACUGUCGCAUUUUUUCCGAUAUUUUAGAUGAUAAAUAAUCGAUCCAAACAAACAAAAAAAAAAAACGUUUAAAAUGGUAAAUAUAUGAAAAAGAACAUACAGAAUAUACUGGUCCUUCUCAAAAAAUUAGCAUAUUGUGAUAAAGUUCAUUAUUUUCUGUAAUGUACUGAUAAACAUUUCAUACAAACAUUUCAGACUUUCAUAUAUUGUAGAUUCAUGACAAACAACUGAAGUAGUUCAAGCCUUUUAUUGUUUUAAUAUUGAUGAUUUUGGCAAAAAAGUCAAGAAAAAACAAAGAAAAAACAAAAAUCCCUAUCUCAAAGAAUUAGCAUACCAUAAAAGGUACUCUAAAGAAGCUACUAACCUAAUCAUCUGAAUCACCAAAUUAACUCAAAACCCCUGCGAAAUAUUCCUGAGGCUUUUAAAAACUCCCAGCCUGGUUCAUUACUCAAAACCGCAAUCAUGGGCAAGACUGCCAACCUGACUGCUGUCCAGAAGGCCAUCAUUGACACCCUCAAGCCAGAGGCUAAGACACAAAGAAAUUUCUGAGCGAAUAGGCUGUUCCCAGUGUGCUGUAUCAAGGCACCUCAGAAGUCUAUGGGGUGGCAGGAUACGCUGCACAACCAGAGAAGGUGACCGCACCCUGAGAAAGAUUGUGGAGCAGGGCCGAUUUCAGACCUUGGGGGACCUGCAUAAAGAGUAGACACAGUCUGGAGUAGAAACAUCCAGAGCCACCGUGCACAGGCGUGUGCUGGAAAUGGGCUACAGGUGCCGCAUUCCCCAGGUCAAGCCACUUUUGAACCUGAAACAGCGUCAGAAACGCCUGACCUGGGCUACAGAGAGGCAGCACCGGACUGGUACUCAGUAGUCCAAAGUACUUUUUUCAGAUGAAAGCAAAUUUUGCAUGUCAUUCAGAAAUCAAGGUGCCAGAGUUUGGAGGAAGACUGGGGAGAAGGAAAUGCCAAGAUGCCUGAAGUCCAGUGGCAAGUACCCACAGUCAGUGAUGGUCUGGGGUGCCAUGUCAGCUGCUGGUGUUGUUUUAGUGUGUUUUAUCAAGGGCAGGGUCAAUGCAGCUAGCUAUCAGGAGCACUUCAUGCUUCGAUCUGUUGAAAAGAUUUCAUUUUUUAGCACGACCUGGCACCUGCUCACAGUGCCAAAACCACUGGUAAAUGGUUUACUGACCAUGGCACUACUGUGCCCAUUUGGUCUGCCAACUCUCCUGACUUGAACCCCAAAGAGAAUCUCGGGGAUAUUGUGAAGAGGAAGUUUCUCUUAUAUAUAUAUAUAUAUAUAAUUAUUUUUAUUGUUUUCCAGUCACAAGUUAAAUUUGACAUACAGUACAUUCCUCAAUAAUGAAAUCCAACUUACACACUAUGUGACCUUGACGUAUAAACAUACAUACAAACCAAAAAACACAAACAGCACCUCAUCAUCUGUAAAUAUACUACUGGACUGUCUCAGAAAAUUAGAAUACACAAUAUUCUAAUUUUCUGAGACAGUCCUGUAUAUUGUUCUAUGUAAAGGACGUCAGCCAAGGUCGGCCCCCCACAUUUUUACCACGCCAAAUCUGGUCCCCUUUGCAAAAAGUUUGGACACCCCUGCUUUAAAUGGUGGAUUAAUGUACAGGACUGUCUCAGAAAAUUAGAAUAUUGUGUAUUCUAAUUUCCUGAGACAGUCCAGUAUAUAAUAGGCCAAUGCAGUUUAACAGCACCAGAUAGCCCCACACAGUGCUCCCAAAAAAAUCAACAUUCAAUAUGAACUUUGGGUCCGGUGGGAGGAGCGGCCCCAUACCAUAUGUGAAGAGGAAGUUGAAAGACACCAGACCCAACACUGUGGAUGAGCUUAAGGCUGCUAUCGAAGCAUCCUGGGCCUCCAUAACACCUCAGCAGUGUGACUUUGAACGUGGCAUGGUUGUUGGUGCCAGAAGGACUGGUCUGAGUAUUUCAGAAACUGCUGAUCUAUUGGGAUUUUCACGCAUAACCAUCUCUAGGGUUUACAGCAAAUGGUCCGAAAAAGAAAAAAUAUCCAGUGAGCCGCAGUUCUGUGGGCGGAAAUGCCUUGUUGAUGCCAGAUGUCAGAGGAGAAUGGCCAGACUGGUUCGAGCUGAUGGAAAGGCAACAGUGACUCAAAUAACCACCCACUACAACCAGGGCCGUCCCAGGCCAUUUGGGGGCCCUAAGCAAAAUAAUGACAAGGGGCCCAUAUUUUUGUCCCACCAUUUCGUCACAGUGUACUGUGAAACUCAUAUAUGCAAUCCAACCAAUACGUCCAUAUUUUGUAUAUUAAUCAGAUUUUGCUGAACUGCAUACUUCAAACUUCUCAUCCCAAAUGACUGUCAGUACUUACAGUAGAUGGCGCCAAACCUUUUUCUGAAAGAGGAAAAGAAGGAAUACUUUUAUUUUUUUAAGCUUGUAAUCAAGUAUCAAAACUCACAAAAGUAAAAUAGGGCAAACUGUAGAAAACUGAUGUUUGCAUUGAUAAACGACAAUGUGCGCCACAUUAUUCACGAUGCUCUCUUAACAACGUAUAAAUUAGGUUUCCAGAUUGGGGGCCCCCUAGUGGUCAGGGGCCCUAAGCAGCUGCAUAGUCUGCGUAUAGGCUGGGCCGGGCUUGACUACAACCAAUGUAGGCAUCUCUGAACGCACAGUACGUUGAACUUUGAGGCAGAUGGGCUACAGUAGCAGAAGACCACGCCGGGUGCCACUCCUUUCAGCUAAGAACAGGAAACUGAGGCUACAAUUUGCACAAGCUCAUCGAAAUUGGACAAUAGAAGAUUGGAAAAACGUUGCCUGGUCUGACGAGUCUCGAUUUCUGGUGCGACAUUCGGAUGGUAGGGUCAGAAUUUGGCGUCAACAACAUGAAAGCAUGGAUCCAUCCUGCAUUGUAUCAACUGUUCAGGCUGGUGGUGGUGGUGUAAUGGUGUGGGGAAUAUUUUCUUGGCGCUCUUUGGACCCCUUGGUACCAAUUGAGCAUCGUUGGAACGCCACAGCCUACCUGAAUAUUGUUGCUGACCAUGUCCAUCCCUUUAUGACCACAAUGUACCCAACUUCUGAUGGCUACUUUCAGCAGGAUAAUGCACCAUGUCAUAAAGCUGGAAUCAUCUCAGACUAGUUUCUUGAACAUGACAAUGAGUUCAAUGUACUCAAAUGGCCUCCACAGUAGACAGAUCUCAAUCCAAUAGAGCAUCUUUGGGAUGUGGUAGAACGGGAGAUUCGCAUCAUGGAUGUGCAGCCGACAAAUCUACACCAACUGUGUGAUGCCAUCAUGUCAAUAUGGACCAAACUCUCUGAGGAAUGCUUCCAGCACCUUGUUGGAUCCAGUGUUGAAUUUAUGCCACGAAGAAUUGAGGCAGUUCUGAAGGCAACUGACCAGCUCGCGGCGCUGCUGCACUCUUGUCACGAAGCGACAAGGAAGAAGAACGAGCCAAUAGGAGGCGACACAUGACGUCACAAGAGUUGACGCUGGCUGAACAGAAACGUAUGCAAAAAAAGUUUCGUUGCAAGAAAAGGUAUUUCUCAAAAGUGCUUAGAUGACCGGAAGCGCUAGUUUCCCUCA